GAGGCUUUAGGAUGACGAGCUGCCGCACGCUCGCAUUCACACCUCCAUACAUCCUGCAGGAAAUACUCACUUGGUCUGUGUGAAUAUUGUGCAGUGUUUGAUGGUGGACUCCUCUGCUCCCUCAGUAACAUGGACUGUCCCCCCUUGCAGCUCAGCAUUAUGGGCCUGAAACCAGUAGAUGUUGUUUUUUCACGAGUAAAGCUCUGAAUCUGAGUCUGAACUGCAGCUGCUUCUUAUUGAAUCCUGACCCUCAGUGUCUGUUUGAAUUCUCAGAGUUGCUAAAAUGCCUUUCAUGCCGGUGAAGUUCAACCUGCAGAAGCGGGUCAAGCUGGCUCAGGGUCUAUGGAUGCUCUACUGGUUUUCAGUCAUCGCAGGGAUCCUCAUCUUCAGCCUCGGCAUCUUCUUCAAGAUUGAGCUGCGGAAGAGAAGUGAGAUGAUGGACAACAACGAGAGCCACCUGGUGCCCAACUUGCUGAUCCUGGUGGGAUUGCUGGCUUGCGGCCUUAAUGCCUUCGGAGGGAAGGUGUGCCAUGACUCUCUGGAUCCCAUCAAGUUCUCCAAAUGGAAGCCGAUGUUGAAGACAUAUUUGCUGCUGUGCUGCGGCUUCAACGUGUUGCUGGUACUCGUGUCGCUGCUCUGCUUCCUUAUGCAGUUCUCCGUAUACCUGACACUGGCCGAGGGCCUGAGUUACGCCAUCCGGUUUUACAAGGACACGGACACGCCAGGGCGCUGCUUCAUGAAGAGGACGCUGGACAUGACGCAGAUCGAGUUCCACUGCUGCGGGAACAACAAUUUCAGGGAUUGGUUUGAGGUUCAGUGGAUCAGCAACCGCUACCUGGACAUGAGCAACGAUGUGGUCAAAGAUCGAGUCCUCAGUAACGUGGAGGGGAAGUAUCUGAUGGACAGCGUCCCAUUCAGCUGCUGUAACCCCGGGUCCCCCCGGCCCUGCAUCCAGCACCACCUGACCAAUAACUCUGCUCAUUACGACUAUGACCACCGCACAGAGGAGCUCAACAUCUGGACCCGGGGCUGCCUUGAGGCCCUCUUCUCCUAUUACAGCAGCCUGAUGAGCAGCAUUGGUGUUUUUGUCCUCUUUGCCAUCAUCCUGGAGUCUGUGGACAUGGCAGGGCUGAAGUACUUGAGCACAGCGCUUGAGACGAUGGCAGAGCCGGAGAACCCCGAGUGUGAGAGUGAGGGCUGGCUGCUCGAGAAGGGCGUCAAGGAGACGUUCAGCGAUCUGCUCACCAAAUUGAAGACCCUUGGGAGGACCAACCAGGUGGAAGGCGGAGAUGCUCCAGAGGCCAACACCUGAUAGCCAAACCCACCACAGAGGACUGAUGUCUCCCCUUCUCUUCACCCCCCUCAAAUGCCAUCUCUCCCCCCAUAAGAGGGAGAAAAGAACUGUAUAUAAGCCACACAUGCACAUUAAUGUGAACAUUUGAAUUUCCUGUGAAUGUCGAUAUUUUCUGUAAAUAUGUUAAACAGAGUUUAUUUUUAAAAAAGAGGAACGUGCUCCUGUAAUUAAAACAUCAUCACCCCUUUCAGAGUAGCAGUUCCUGUCAGGCGGUGGUUAGACCAUCAGACAGCAUCGGGUCCCAGUGAGUCUAUUCCCACCAAUGUGUCUGAGUGUUGCAGUUCCGUGUUUGUCCAGCAGGGAGCACACAGCCAAGACAGCACGGAUCCAUCGACGUCAUCAUUAGUGUAAAAAGAUCAACCUAGUUAUUAUUUCUUACAUCCAGAUGUUUGAAUGUGUGUCAUUUCUGCUGGCUUUCUCCAGCAAUCACUGGAGACUUUAACAUGAGAGAACAAACCACUAAGCAGCACACAACGUACCAGUGCUGCCAUCUGUGAGAGCAGGCAGCAAUGACAGAGGUUCAUACACAGCAGCAUGACUCCUGUAUAAAACUCCUGUCAGUACAGAGGCUCAGAUGGUGUUCACACAGCUGUACUUAUUGCCUGUAUACGAAACAUGCACAUGCAGGUGUAUAUACAGGUGUAAAGUUAAUGUAACUGAUGUAGGACUAACAGAAACGGCACAUCUUGCAUUAUUAUAAAGGCCGGUGUGCACAGGUGUAUACAGAGCUAAGCACAUAAACUAC